GCGCCCCACCCACGGGCCAGGCCCCCGGGCCCUGUCGCAGCUCUGGGGCGGGCGGAGCCAGUGCCCGGCUGGCGCGCGCUGUAGCUGUGGGCUUGGGCACGGCGCGGGCCAUGGCGUCACCAGCGUCCUCGGCGCCCGGCGGGGUGGCAGUGGUCGGCAGUGGCCUCAUCGGGCGAAGCUGGGCAAUGCUGUUCGCCAGCGCAGGCUUCAAGGUGAAACUGUACGACAUUGAGCCACGGCAGGUAACGCACGCCCUGGACAGCAUCAGAAAAGAGAUGAAGUCGCUGGAACAGUCGGGCUCCCUGAAAGGCUCGCUGGGCGCCGAGGGGCAGCUGUCGCUCAUCAGCGGUUGCUCCGACAUCCGGGAGGCGGUGGAGGGCGCCCUGCACGUCCAGGAAUGUGUUCCAGAAAACCUAGAGCUGAAGAAGCAGCUUUUUGCCCAGCUGGAUGGAAUCGUUGGCGACCAGGUUGUCCUGAGCAGCUCCAGCUCCUGCCUCCUGCCCUCCCGGCUGUUCUCUGGCUUGGUACACGUGAAGCAGUGCCUCGUGGUACAUCCUGUAAAUCCGCCCUAUUACGUCCCGUUGGUGGAGCUGGUCCCACACCCGGAGACGGCCCCUGCGACGGUGGACAGAACCUACGCCUUGAUGCGGAAGAUCGGACAGUCCCCGGUCAAACUCACGAAGGAGGUUGACGGCUUUGCUCUGAAUCGUCUCCAGUAUGCCGUCAUCAGCGAGGCCUGGAGGCUCGUGGAGGAAGGAGUAGUGUCCCCGGGCGACCUUGACCUCGUCAUGUCGGACGGCCUGGGCAUGCGGUACGCGUUCAUCGGGCCCCUGGAAACCAUGCACCUCAACGCCGAAGGUAUGUUAAGUUACUGUGACAGGUACAGCGAAGGCAUGAAACAUGUCCUGAAGACUUUUGGACCCAUUCCAGAGUUUUCCGGGGCCGCAGCUGAAAAAGUGCACCAGGCCAUGUGCGUGAAGGUUCCAGAUGACCCGGAGCACUUAGCUGCCAGGAGGGAGUGGAGGGACAGAUGCCUCAUGAGACUUGCCAGACUGAAGAGCCAGCUGCAGCCCCAGUGAAGCCUCGUGCGACCCCUGCCGCCCGUGCUGGAGCCCGUUCGCUGGAAGCACGAGCCCCUGUCAAGGGGCUCAGAGACGCUGGGAGGCCUUGGGAGCCCAGCAGGCAGGGCCCGACUUGCUCUCCACCAGGCAGGCGCCCCGGUGGACGGGGGGGUGCCCCAGACUGGGGGUCAGAGCAGCACUGAGGUCUGCGGGCUGGAACCCCUGCCACCAGGGCAGGCGAGAGAGCAAAUCCUCUGAAGAUUUUACCAUUUAUUUCCCGUGUGAUUACAUGUGGAUACAUUUCAUAGCCAGUGAUCGUAGUUUCAAGUUAUUUUAAUCCGCUGCAAAAUAGUUUUAUAAUUAUUUUCUGACCUCUUGCUGAGUACUCUGCGGCCCUGCAUUUAUGAGGCAACUCCCUUCACUUUCUUGAUGCUUAUUCCAAAUAAAAGCGUUUGAUUCCAUAAA